AUGAACCCUCACAUCUCUGUUCCUCGUCAACAUGCCGGCUCGUCGACCUUUGGAUCAACUCCCGCAACCCGCGGGUCCAGCGUCCGGAUGCCGCGCUUCUUCAAAAGACUCUUCAAGUUCCCACAGAUGGACUUUGAAAUGGCAGUCUGGGAGAUGACUUCGCUGCUAAUCGCCCCUAAAAAAGUCUUCAAAUCGAUAUACUAUCAUAACACAUGGCACCGGCCAGACCCAUCAUUCACAUAUCUUCUCUCAUUCUUCCUCCUCCUCACAGCAUUUGCCUGGGGCCUCGCCUACACGCCGAGUUUCGGCGCAAUCAUCCGCCUAACGUUCCUCUUCGUGUUCGUGCAUUUCAUCGGCUCGUCCCUCCUAAUCUCAACCAUUGGAUACUUUAUCAUUGGCAAGCUAUUCGGCCCCAAUGGGGCCGCCGCCUCUCUAGCCGGUUUGCGGGGGUCCCGGGGCCGGAGACGAGGUGCUGCACAGGGCUUGUUCAUGCAGCCAGGAGAGAAGGACCAAUUGGAGUUUGGAUAUUGCUUUGAUGUAAGCCCGCUCCCGAAUCCUACGAUCGCAACUUUGAGACCCCUAAUAACCAUUUGCCAGGUAUCCAACCGUGCCUUCUUCCCCCUCUACCUCCACCUUUACGUGGUACAGUUCCUCCUACUUCCUCUGCUCACCCGCAGCCCGAGUAAUUUCCUGGCAACGUUCCUAGGCAACUCGCUCUACCUUUCGGCCCUCAUCUACUACACCUAUAUCACCUUCUUGGGCUACAAUGCCCUCCCAUUCUUGCACAACACCGAGCUCCUGCUUGUGCCCAUCCUCAUCUUCGCUAUUCUGUGGCUAAUCAGUCUGAUUGCUGGCUGGGGCAUCGUCAUGCAAGGCCGCAGUGUUGAGGGAUUACUGUUGGGCGUGUGA